AGGCAGGGGAACAUCACCCAGAUCAAGUGCAUUGGAUCCAGUAACAGGAUGGUUGAACGCUGGGGGCUGAUUUUUUUCCUGCUCAGAUGCGCACAAGGAGGAAACAUUUGCUAUGACAGACUUGGGUGCUUUACAGACGAAGCCCCAUGGGGGGGCACUGCAGAGAGACCACUGGGGCGAUUACCUAUGUCUCCAGAAACGAUAAAUACUCAAUUCCUUUUGUUCACUAAAGAAAACCCUGAUAACUUCCAGGUGAUCAGCGCGCUCGAUCAUUCAUCAGUUUCCACAUCCAAUUUUAAUUCCAGUAGAAAAACUCAUUUUAUCAUUCACGGCUUCCUCAGCUCAGCAGAGGACAGUUGGCUCAUGGACAUGUGUAAGACGAUACUGAAAGUUGAAGACGUGAACUGUUUUUGCGUAGACUGGAAAGGGGGGUCCCGCACCCUUUACACCCAGGCAGCCAAUAACAUCCGAGUCGUGGGGGCCGAGGUGGCCCAUUUCAUUGGCUUCCUCUCAAGCAAUUAUAAUUACUCUCCAUCUGAGAUACAUAUUAUUGGUCACAGCCUGGGGUCCCACACUGCAGGGGAAGCUGGGAAGAGGGUACCUGGCCUUGGGCGAAUUACGGGCCUGGAUCCGGCUGGUCCCCUAUUCCAGGACACCCCCCCAGAGGUGAGACUGGAUCCAACUGACGCUGACUUUGUAGAUGUCAUUCAUACAGACACAUCUCCGCUCAUUCCCAAUGUAGGUCUUGGAAUGUCCCAGUCAGUUGGUCACUUGGAUUUCUUUCCAAAUGGAGGAGAAACCAUGCCCGGGUGUGAGAGGAACAUAGCAAACCAACGUUUAGGAAUUAAUGAACUUUGGGAAGGAGCAGAUGUGCUUGUGGCCUGCAAUCAUCUCCGGAGUUUCAAGUAUUAUACAGAGAGUAUCCUCACUCCUGAUGCAUUUGUGGCAUUUUUCAGUGAUACGUAUGAAGAAUUUAAGAAGGGAGCCGGAUUCCCAUGUCCCAGUUCUGGUUGCCCUUUGAUGGGGCACUAUGCAGAUAUGAAUGGUCAGGGCACAUUAAGCGGCCAGUCAUUAUACUUGAAUACCGGAGAUGUUCAGCCUUAUGCACGCUGGAGGUACAGGGUGACUGUGAAGACCAGUGGCACGUUGAACUUUAUGGGAUAUAUUAACGUGGCUUUACAUGGACUUAAAGGGAACACUAAGAGACAUGAGAUUGCCAGUGGGUACAUUAAAUCUGGAGAGACCUACACAGCCUUCAUUGAUGUAGAGGCUGAUGUUGGACCCUUCACAACCUUGAGCUUCACAUGGAACAAGAGCCUCGUCAGCCUCAUUCCAUUCACCUUCAGUGCCAACACUAUAUCCGUGCAAUACGGGAAGGAUGGACAGACGUACCAGUUUUGUGGCACAGAGACGGUCAAGGACAAAGUGCUGCAAAACCUGACUCCCUGCGACUCCCAUUCUCUCAACCAAUUAAAGUCUCGUUUUUAAGACAUGUAAUAACCUAAGGCAUUGUUUCCCAGUCAAGUCAUUUUUGGACUAUAAAUUAUUAGUUUAUGCUUGUACCGGUAAAGUUCAACACUUCUGACUUGAGAUUCCAGAGAUGCUCAGGCGCCAUUUGCACUACAUUAAAGAACAACAUACAUUUAGCAAAAUAAAUUCAUACACUAUA